AUGCUGCGAUCAAACAGCAUUGAGAUUGAGAAGAAUAUCCAUAUGUUUGCUGAUAAUUUGCUGCUUAUUCCAAAACCUUCUCUUGAGGAUGUCUACUGCUUCCUCAUAAUUCGCAGAUGUCAAGUCAACCCUGAGAUUGCUUCGGACAGCAGAUUGCUAAAGGACAGAGUUCAGAUAAUUAAACUUGCAUCGACGUUCGAGAGUUUCAUUAUUGCUGGAAUAGCUGAAUCAACGAGUCCCAAAAGUACAAGAGAACCUACAAAGACUUUCACUUUCGAUAUGGUAUUUGGAGCUGAUACUACUCAAGCUGAAGUUUACAAUGAGACAGCACCUAUUGUGGAUGCUGUAUUAGAAGGAUAUAAUGGUACUAUUUUUGCCUAUGGUCAAACUGGUACUGGUAAGACAUAUACAAUGGCUGGAGAGAAUGUACCAGAGACGAGAGGUAUUAUACCAAACUCAUUUGCUCAUAUCUUUGGUUACAUUGCUAAGUGUGAAGGACAAGUACAGUUUCUAGUACGAGUAUCAUAUCUUGAGAUAUAUAAUGAAGAUAUUCGUGAUUUAUUAAAUAAAAAAACAGACUCCAAGUUACAAAUUCGUGAGAGAACAGAUAUUGGUGUCUAUGUAAAAGAUUUGUCAUCAUUUGUGGUCAAGAAUGCAGAUGAAAUGGACAAGUUAAUGAAUAUAGGCAAUAAAACAGUAAGAAUAUUUGGAGCUACUGAUAUGAAUGAGCGUUCUUCAAGAUCACAUACUAUAUUUACUAUCACUGUGGAACAGAGUGUUAUAGGACCUGAUAUGAAGGCACAUGUCAAAAUGGGAAAAUUACAUUUAGUAGAUUUAGCUGGUUCUGAGCGUAUUUCAAAGACUGGAGCUACUGGUGUUAGAAAAGAUGAAGCUAGUAAUAAUCGUUCACUAACAUUUCUUGGUAUUGUCAUUAGAGCACUUGUUGAUGGUAGUACUCAUAUACCUUAUCGAAAUAGUAAACUAACACACCUCCUUCAGGACUCCUUAGGAGGAAACUCAAAGACAGUUAUGAUUGCUAACAUUGGUCCAGCAGAUUACAACAGUGAUGAAACACUCAAUACAUUACGAUAUGCUAACAGAGCUAAAAAUAUAAAAAAUAAAGCUCAUAUCAAUGAAGAUCCAAAGGAUGCUAUGUUACGUGAAUUUCAGAAAGAAAUUGAUAAACUCAAGAAAAUAUUAGCUGAAGAAAGUGGAGAGGAAGAAAGUAGUGAUGAUGAUGAUGAUGAUGAUGAUGGAGGAGGAGGAAAGGUGAUGAAGAAGAAGAAAAAAGAAGAAGAAAUCUCACCUCAGGCAAUGGCUCAGUUAAAGAGAGAAAUCGAAAAGGAGAGAGAACAGUUAAAAGCUAGUAAAGAUAUGGCAGAGGGAGAAAAAAAUAAAAUACAGACUGAAACUAGAAAAGAAAGAGAAGAAUUGAAAAAGCACAAAGAACAAGCUGACUUGAUGAAAAGACUAAGUGAUUUAGAGUCUAAAGUAAUUGUGGGAGGAGUCAACUUACUUGAAGAGGCUGAAAAACAACGAGAAGUUGUUAGAAAAUCAAGGAAAGAUUUAGAAAAAAGAAAAGAAAAAGGAGUCUAUGUUGAGAGAACAGCUUAA